AAAUAGUGGUACAGUUGUUUCUCACAUACGUAUCAAAAGACCGUAACCAUGUGCUCUGUGUCUUUACAGUCUUUCAAUAGUUUUCAUCCGAAAUUAGAAGUAGAUAAGAACAAUCCUGAGACAGUAAUAUUGAUUAAAGAUAGUGGCAUAUCAGCGAGCUGACAAACCAACAUAAGUAACGCCUACUGAUUACAUGAUUUGUGUUGCAUGUCAGUCGAAGAUCUGAAUUUGAAGCAACCGUACACUAACUGUUGUGAAACUUGUUGUUAUGAGUGUUCAGUAACACUGGAUUAAAAAAAAUUGGAAUAAACUUCGCUGUCAAGAGAAGAUAGAUACAUCAAUUUGUGGCAAUGCAUAAACCAGCCGAAUCUUUUGCGGUCGGAGCUAUUGACUUCACCGGAGGCUCGCUCGGUGGUGUCGCACUGGUUUACGUGAGCCAACCUCUAGACACAGUAAAAGUCAAAAUGCAAACGUUUCCCCACCUGUACAAAGGGAUGAUGGAUUGUUUGGUGAAAACGUAUAGAAACGAUGGUUUCGCUCGGGGUCUUUAUGCUGGCACGAUUCCAGCUGUUGUAGCCAAUGUAGCUGAAAAUUCUGUAUUAUUUGCUGCUUAUGGAGGUUGCCAAUCGUUAAUGGCAAAAAUUGAAGGAAAAGCCGAAGUCAACGAUUUAAGUCCGCUGAGUAAUGCUACGGCUGGUUUUUUGGCUGCAUUUUUUUCAAGCUUUACCUUAUGUCCUACCGAAUUGAUUAAAUGUAAACUGCAAGCCUUACGAGAAGUACAAACUGGAACAACAGAAACGAAAAAUUCGACUGUAAAUCGAAUAUCACCGUUUAAAUUAACGCACAGUAUUAUCAGAGAAGAAGGUAUACGAGGACUGUAUCGUGGUCUGACAUCAACGAUAGCACGAGAGAUGCCCGGCUAUUUCUUCUUUUUCGGAGGCUAUGAAGCGACACGUGAACUUUUGCGAAAACCUGGUCAGACGAAGAACGAUAUAGGCCCAAUAAAUACAAUGAUUUCUGGUGCUGUUGGUGGUGUAGUUCUGUGGGCGGUUAUAUUUCCAGCGGAUGUGAUCAAAAGCCGUAUUCAAAUUUAUAAUCUUCCCGGUGGACUGCUGUCUGUUGGAAGUGACAUUCUACGAAAAGAAGGUCCAUUAGCGUUGUACAACGGCCUGAAGCCGACGCUUAUUCGUACGAUUCCUGCUACGGCGGUGUUGUUUGUGGUUUUCGAAUAUACAAAAAAAAUUCUUACCGACAUUUUCAUAACGUGACCGUGUUUUCUAUCCGACGAAAUUCGUUUAUUUGAAAAAUAAAAUUAUUUUGCUUGCAGCGC